AUGGAUUUCAGAAUUACGAUAAGAUUUGCCAAGGCAACGAACAUUUUGGCUUUCGCGGGCGUGUCCCAGAAAGUCAAGGUUCUUAUCGGACACAGUUUGUCUUUAUUACCACGACUGGCGGCCAACAUGAAUGAGCGAUUUGGAGGAGUUUUCACUGAUACCCGUGGUUCGCGUUACGAUCAAGAGCUCAUGAUGUUGAUUCAGCACGGGCUUCUGGAGCCAAAAGCGGUGAUUGUGGCUGACAAUGUCCUGAAGCCCGGCACUCCCCUCUAUUUAUGGUUAAUUACAAGGGAUGCGCGGUUUAAGACUGAGAUCUACCCUGUUGGGGAGUUUGCUAUGCCAGCAAAAGACUGGAUGUCUGUCAGCAUCUACGAUCCGGAAGCAGCAGCCGCAUCAGGCGAGCAGCCACUGCCUUCGCCUCCAGCUGAACUUCUCCGCCUGCACGCAGCUGCCGAUGAAAUGCGUGCGCGCGGGGAGUUGUUGUUCCCCGGUAGGAUCCGUUGCAAUUUCUGCGACACUCAGAUCCCCGACUGA